UUAUGUGUCUCUUAUAAACGCACCAAUGGAUGUUGUGUUCUUGACCUCAUUUGUGAAUAAUUUUUAAUUCGAGUUGUUUCCCGGAAGCUACAAAAGUCCGAACCGUUAGCUUUGCGUGUUAGCCGAAAGCAGCAUCAUGAGGAGUGGACAAAAGAGCCACCGAGAAGAUGUGAUGGAGAGCAGACUGUGCUUCUGAUCUUGGAGAUUGGGAAGAGCAAAGUUUGGGCUGUGAUCUUGAAUCCUCGGAACUAUUUGAGGCAGACGAACCAACAGGCUGAGCAGAUGGACCCUGACGAUGUCCAGCAGCUGUUGCUGAUAAAAGAGGAGUCUCCUUCUGAGCAACAGAACUGGAGUCCCAGUCUGGACGACAAGCCCCCAGAGAUUAAAGAGGAACAGGAGGAGGCUGAAAUCACAGAGUUUAUAUUCAGUCCCGUUCAUGUGAAAAGUGAAGAUGAUGAAGAAAAACCUCAGUCCUCAGAGCUUCAUCCCAACCAGAUUGAGGAGGACAGAGCUUUUGUGGGACCAGAACUUGAUCAAUAUUUAGAAUCUGAUUAUUUAAAAGUGAAUGUCAGUUAUGGAAGCUGUGAGGAGAGCAGUGAACCCAUCUCAGGUGAUGCAAGAUCUGAGAGCGGUCAGAAGUUUUACAGCUGCACUGAAUGUGGUAAAACAUUCUACCAGAGGUCAGAUUGGUUAAGACAUGGAAGAGUCCACACAGGAGAAAAACCUUUCAGCUGCUCGGUCUGUAGAGCAACUUUUGCGUGGAAAUAUGCUGUAAUACAACACAUGAGAGUCCACACCGGAGAGAAACCCUUCUGCUGCUCCGUGUGCAAAGCAGCUUUUACGAGGAGAUUUUCUUUAGUGCAACACAUGAGAACGCACAGUGGAGAGAAACCUUUCAGCUGUGCUGUUUGUGAGGCUGCUUUUUUCAGGAAAGGUAACUUACUGCAGCACAUGAGGAUACACGGUUCAGACAAACAUUUCAGCUGCUCUGUUUGUAACAGGAAGUUUACAAGGAAAACUAGCUUACUGCAACACAUGAAAAACCACAGUGGAGAGAAACCUUUCAGCUGCUCCCUUUGUGGUCAGAAAUUAAGUAGCGAGGUAGGUCUAAAAUAUCACAUGAGGAUCCAUACAGACAAUAAACCUUACAGCUGCUUUUUUUGUAACAAAGGUUUUCAGUGCGAGACUAAUUUAAUGGAGCACGUAAAGAUUCACACCGGAGAGACACCAUAUAGUUGCUCGGUCUGCGGCCAAAGCUUCAGCCACAAGUAUGCCGUGACUCGUCACAUGAAAUGUCACAGCGAAGAGAAACCUUACAGCUGCUCAGUUUGUACAGCAGCGUUUAAAAGGAAACAGGAUUUGAGGGGACACUUAAAAAUCCACACCGAGGAAAGGCCUUUCGUAUGUUCUUUUUGUAGUGCAGCUUUUAAACGGAAAAUCACUUGUGAAGAACACUUAAGAAUCCACACCGGAGAGAAGCCGUUCAGCUGCUCGGUCUGCGACCAGAGGUUCACUUACAAGUCAAGUCUCACUCAUCACAUGAAAGAUCACACGGGAGAAAAACCUUUCGACUGCUCAGUUUGUAGAGCAGCGUUUAAAAGAAAACCGGAUUUAGUGGAACACGCAAAAAUCCACACAGAUGACAGAUCUUUCAUAUGUUCUUAUUGUAACGCAGCUUUUAAACGGAAAUCCACUUUAGUGUCACACAUAAGAUCACACACUGGAGAGAGGCCUUACAGCUGCUCAGUGUGCGGUCAGAGCUUCAGCUACAAAUCAAAUCUGAGUUUUCACAUGAAAAGUCACACAGGAAAAAAACCUUUCAGCUGCUCAGUCUGCAGGGAGAGUUUCAAAUUUAAAUCAACUCUUUUGCACCACGCAAGAACGCACAAAGAAGACAGGCCAUUUAGCUGUUCCAUCUGUAAUGCAACUUUCAGGUAUAAACGUUAUUUAGAGCCACAUGUGAAAAGCCACGCGGGAAAUCUACCUUUCAGCUGCUCUGUUUGUAAAGCAGCUUUUCGAAGGAAACGGGAUUUAGUGAAACACAAGAAUUCAUGCACAUAAUUAACCU